ACCUAAUUGUGUCAUGAACCUACAACCUACAUAUGGUUUAGUCAGGUCUUAUAGCUCGCAGAUUAUUUUGAAACGAACAAUUUUUGUUCUCAGCGCGGAUAGAAAGCGAAGAACAAAAACAAAAAAGGAAAAUCAUAAGCGAUCAACUGAAGUGGAAAGUGUCAAAAGAAAGUACAAGGAAAAGUCAGAGCUAUCACAUGAGUACCGCGAACUUCGGAAUUUAGCUUCCAGUGUAUCUGAAUAUGUCAGUAACCGAAAAUUUAGGGAUUCCAAGGGACCGGCAGAAGUUACAGACGCAAUUCCUCGUCACGAGAGACACCACGAAAACCAAGGACAAAGUCAGGAAGAACUUGACAAAUUGCCAGAAAAUCGGGUAGUUGAUUUUGAUCCCAAAAGUGCCUCACUUUUAACCCCUGCAGUUGGUAUACCUACCUCUUUCAAAACUAAACUAGGGCCUGCAGUGAAGUACCUAGUCACCAAAGAAUACCAGAACUGGGUGUUUGCUUUUAAACAGAUAGAAGCAAAAGGAGGAUUCAAAGAUAUUCCAGAAGUAGACAUUCGAAAACUCAUAUACUCCAUCCCAAAACAUCAACUUGUUAUAGUAUUUCCUCAAAUUGAGCGUCUUUUACUCGAUGCUGGGGUUCAAAAAUCACCCAAAGUUGUGAAUGCUUAUCUUAAAGGCUUAAUCGCGGGUGGGGAAAUCAGCAAUGAGCGAGUGGCUCUAGUGGAACAUUAUGUACAAGAAAUGAGAUCACUCUCCAAAAAUGAAUCACUUUCCCGCGAGACCUACGAAAUACUCAUCGAGGCAUAUGGUAAGAGUAAAAGGAUAGAAAGCAUGGAGAAUAUAAUAGGGGAAAUGAAGAAACGUGGUCUUAAACCAUCAUCAAAUGUUUACACAAAUGUCAUGAGUACUUGCGUAUACAAAACGAAAGACCACAAACAAGCAGUUCAAUUAUUUGAUCUGAUGAAAUUUCUUGCCGGGAACAUGGCACCAGGGGUGAAUCAAUAUCAAGAUAUCAUUGUUUCAUACGUCAACAAUAAAGACAUCGAAAAAGCAUUGGAUUUGUUCGAGGAAAUGAGAACAAGGGGGUUACCGGUUAAUCAAAAAAUAUUGGUUGCUUUGGCAAGAGGAUGCAUGACACGACAGCUGCUAAAACUUAAAGCGUGGGAUUUUAUCUUUGAGAUUUAUGAGCGACAGUGGGAACCAACAGUCCCUACACUCGAGUAUAUGGUCUACUUGGCUGCAAAGGAUGGUGAUCUUCCAUUAGCCCGUGCUUUGUAUCAAAGCUUGAACUUGCUGGGAUCUGUGACUCCAAGAUCAUUUAGCUUUCUCAUGCUAGCCUAUUCGAAAAGUGGAACUUCAACUGAUAAUCUGAUAUAUAAGGUGCCUUCAAUCUUAGUUCAUGAGUCAGGCCGAAACUUCCGUCGCAAUAUUCUUGAUACGGCCGACUAUUCGCCUCGGUUCAGCAAUCCAAAAAAAUCGAUCCCAUUUCUUCCGUUGAUAGAGCUUUCGAGUACGUCAGAGUUUAUGUCAGAAUCUAGUGCUAUAAUGGCCCACACACUUCUAAUGAACCCGAAUUUAAUCAGUGGAGAAAGUAUCAAUAUGUUUUUGGAUAUUGCUGCAAAGCUUGGAUCGAUAAAAGACUUUGUGGAUCGAUAUGAUGAAUUCACAUGCUUUGAUACCUCAGGGGUACCAGCAACUAGAAUUGUUGAGAGUCUUCAUCCCGAGAAUGAUCACGAGCAUCAAAACAAACAUGAAACGAACUUGGAUCUCUGUGUUGAGAGUGUAACAGAGGAUACCACACUCAACACAAAAAGUCCAAUUCUAGAUUUAAGUCGAAGCAAACAAUUCCUGCAGUUCCCGAGGACCACUAGAACAUAUAUCAUUGCACUUAAUGCAGCUGCGAAAAACAAAGACUAUGGAUUUUCUCAGAAGGUUUGGCAGGAAAGGGGGAACUACAGAAAGUCAUCUCAUUUCAGAAGUUUAAGUGCUCUGGAAAGAACAAAAUCUGACUUUGCCUUUGCUGCUUCGAUGGUGAGCUGUCUUACCAAACUCGGGCUUCUUGAUGAUGCCUUGGCUAUAUUGGUCAGUACGGAGUAUCAAUUCAAAUGGACCUGGAAAGAGCUUAGACAUUUACAUACUGCUGCUGUCAAUAUUGGACAUGACAAAGUAUCCAAAAUUGUUCGGGGUGUUGCGCAAAGAGCACAAGAAAAAUUUGAAGGUAAAAUUAAAAAGAAAGAUUUCAAGCUUUAUGCUUUAGGAAGAAAUCAAUAACUUGUAUAUAUAAUUUCACAAUCGAUGAGAUCGAAAA